AUGAGAUACCAGGAUAUAAAGAAAUAUGGCCUCACACAGCUUGCAGAGACAAUUGUUAAAGAUGUACAGGAAAUAGAAAAUGGAAUUGAAUUACCCGACGGUAACGUUGCAAUUGGAACUGCCUCAGCAUUGUCAGGUGACACGUUAGGCAUACAAAUGUUUUGUGGUUUUAAAGAAUCUUCUACUGCCCUGCAUCCAUGUAGAUAUUGUUUAGCUUCGCUCGAAGAAAUACGAAUUAUGAUUCGUGAAGAAGGUCAACGCUUGCGAUCACCAUCAACACAUGACGAGCAAAUAGAAAAAAUUGAAACAGCCGCAACAGAAGAAGAGAAAAAAAUACUAUCCCAAGACUACGGCAUAAAUAGAUCUUGUCUGCUACGCAAACUACUUGGUUUCCAUCCUACAACUUCGACACCACCUGACAUUUCUAACGAUUUGUUUGCAGGCAUAGUACUUUUACAAAUAAAAUUAUUUUUAAAUCGGUUUUGUAUCAAAGAAAACUGGAUAACUUUAGAGGAUUUUAAUCAACGAGUUGCCGACUUUGAUUAUGGUUAUAGUGAGAAAAGUGCAAUACCAUCAGCAAUAAAACUUGCACACAUAAGUGGAAAAAAUAAUCUCAGACAAACCAUUUCCCAAUCGUGGAUGUUAGCUGUUAUUCUUCCAUUUAUUGUCCACGAUAAAAUGAACGAUGAAAAUAUUCAGUACUUGGAAAAUCAUAAUCAAUUAUUGGAAAUCAUAGCGAUUGUUUGUUCUCAUACAAUUUCAUUAGAGACAUUAAGUUAUCUAGAAUCUUUAAUUCCUUUGUACUUGGAAACUUACGCUCAAGUUUAUGAAAAUCCAGAAUCAGCUGAAGGAAGAAAAUUUAUACCAAAGCAACAUUUUUUAAUACAUUACCCGAGACUUAUAAAAAUUUUCGGGCCUUUGGUCCAUUUUUGGACAUUAAGAUUUGAAGCAAAACAUCAGUUCUUUAAAAAAAUUGUUCAAGCCAUGCGAAAUUGGAAAAAUGUGCCUAUUACUUUGUCUCGAAAGCAUCAAUUGUGGCAAGCGCUACAAUGGAUUGCCUCUACGAAUGUCGAAGAGAUUUCACAUGGACCAAAAAAGUGUUUAACAAAAUCAAAAACUCUUUUUGGACAUCUCUUUCCUUCAGAACAAACAUUGUGGACAGUCAGCUGGGUUGAAUUGAAUCAUGUGAUUGAAUGGUUAGAAGACAACGAGCUUAAUAUGGUUCUCUAUUAG